AAAUGCAUGUUGUUUAAUGGUACUAUAUGGAACAUUACCAAUAGCAACUCUUAAAGUGUUUGAGACAACAGUGAAUUAUUGUACGCGUAUUUAACAAAUUUAAAUAACAAGUAAAAUUUAUGUUGAAUAUUAGAUUCAUACAUCAACAGUGACAUCUGGUUGUAGUCCUUCAAGAUAUUGUACUUAAUUUUUAACAGAUUUAUUCGGUAAUUAUUUGUAAACAAUUAUGUGUUAAAAGUUGUGAAUUGAACACAUUGGUAUACAGAACAGGACAGAACAUAAGGCUAAAAUGAAUCCAAAACAUUCUUUAGAAUUUCCUUUGAAAAGUGAAACUGAAGGUGCAUUAUCACUACCUUCCAUAAAUCAAGAAAACAGCAACUUGGCUGCCUUUAGUGGAACCAGUGAUGGAGACUUUAUGUCUCUGGAUUCAUUGAUGGACAUCAAAAUAGAACCAGAGGAAUUCCAUGAGUCUAAUGAAGAUGAUGAAUUUUCAUAUGAAAUGAAUUCAACAGUGAAUGAAAAACAUCUACAAACUUGCAAAAAGGAAGUAAAACAAGAAAGAAGGAUCCGUGACAAUGGAGAGAAGCCUUUCGUAUCCACUGACUGUGAGAAAGCACUUUACAAGAAAAUUAAUCUUGCAAAUGAUAUCACAAAUCCUACCAGAAAGAAAUUCAUAUGCAAUGACUGUGGGAAAGCAUUUCCCAGGAAACAUAAUCUUAUAGUUCAUAUGAGAACCCACACUGGAGAGAAGCCAUUCAUUUGCAAGGAAUGUGGCAAAGCAUUUUCCCACAAAUCACAUCUUACAAGUCAUAUGAGAUUGCAUACUGGAGAGAAGUCAUAUGUGUGCAAGGAAUGUGGCAAAGCAUUUUCCCGCAAACAACAUCUUAUAGUUCAUAUGAGAAUCCAUACUGGAGAGAAACCAUUCCUGUGCAAGGAAUGUGGGAAAACAUUUUCUCACACUUCGCAGAAGAACAGCCAGAAACAGCAAAUGCCACCAAUAAGCUUCAUCAUAGAAAAAGUAACAGAAGUAAAAGAAUAUAGUCAUUUCAAGACCCCAGGAAUAGUAUUUGUUUUGUCCAAGUUUCAUUUCAUACUUAAGUGGAAGUAUCUUGGUACUACCUACUCGUUUCAAAUGACAUACCUUAUGAGGGUUCCCCCCCCCCCCCCUCCUCUGCAACCCCCCCCCCCCCCCCCCCCCCCC